CUCAAAUAUUUCUCGUUACAUCUGGUGUAUGACUUCCCACUUAGUAGUAUAUCCAAUGCUCAAGACUCGUUGUACACCUCGCCAAGUCAAGAGAGUGGAUUACGAGAUGAAACCCAAAGCAGGAUUCCUGUCUCUUGCUGGAGAACUACUGUUUUACAUUCUCAGUCUUCUUCCUUGCCGAGAUAUUCUUCGUUGCACAUCCGUAUGUAAGGCCCUUCGCCAGACGUACAUCUCCUCCUCCAGGCUUCAGUACAUCGUUGAACUUAGUGGCCAACACUUACUUCCUAUGCCCAACACGGGCGAUCUCGCUCCUGUUUCCCAGCGUCUACAACUCUUGAGGGACAGAGCCCACGCAUGGUUCAAGUUUGAUCUCUACUCUUUCAAAACGAUUUCCAUACCAAACAUACCGUAUGGUCAUGAAACAUUUUUCACUGAUGGGCAUUUCUACUUCUGGGACAAUAUGGAAAACUCGGCCACGAUCAUCCCAGUUCUACCAAAGCCCUCGCAACAAAUAAUCAAGCGCAAGUGGUCCCCAGAAGCGUUAUGUGUAGUGCCCCACUCAAUCAACCGCAACGUGUUCAUAGACCCAGGACAAAACCUGAUUGCCGUGCUGUAUUAUGUUGAUGACGAGCCUGAGACGUUGUACAUUAACCUUCGAGCGCUGGAUAGUGGUGGUAUCCACCCCCGGGCUGCUGGACGGACGCUGUUUCUGUCAGACCUGCUCGAAAACGAUGACGACGACCUCAUUGAAACAACAGGAACGAGCCUCAAAGGUUGUGGGAGGCACAUCGCGUUGCAGCGUUUAUAUGUGGAUUCAGUUGAAGAUGAGGAUGAAAAUAGGUCGCAGCUUCAGAUUUGGGACUGGCAACACUCAACGACAUCUUGUAGUGUCCUCAGCGAUGUAAUGCGUUACCCAGCUGUUGGCUCAACCGAUUUUUGUUUUCUCGAAAACAAUAGGUUGCUAGUUGUCAUUGAGGAUUUGAAGCUCUAUUCAAUCGAGGAUAUGUCACAGGCGCCGCAAUUACUGGCGUGCUUCCUGCCGCCCCUCUUAUUAUCAAACAUGCAGUGCCUCUUUCCGAUGGAUGAUAUUGAACAUAGCGCACAGCUGCAGAUGCAAGCCCGACAAACGAUGCACACCCCAGACCCUACAAAUCAAUUACUAUGCCUUAUCGCAUCUGAUCUAGUCUUCGUUAUUUCCACGAGGAUCUUCUUCGACCUCGAUGGAAUAGCAGUUGCAACGCCAAUACCAUGGGAUCAUUGGGGUCCUUCAAACACCCGUGUUCUUGAGCACCCGGAUCCAUCUCGAUUCAAAAUUCACGUUCGCGGCAAUCGAGUUUUGCAGUCAUUCGAAGCCAGUGCGGGCUCUAUCCAGUAUAAAUUACGUAUGAUGGACUUCAGCCCGCUAGCUGUAACGAACAGGCGGGGUCUAGGACGAGUGGUGAAAGAGCCAUCGACGAUAGACAUCGCUGGAUCCUUUGGAAGCUCUAGGGUCAGCUUGACAACGUCUCUGCCUUACGUCGAGGUCGUAUCGGAUAGAAGAUUCCACAAGUUGCACAACACAUGGCUUGAGAGGGAUAGAAUAUAUUUACUCAACACAAUUUGGGAAUACACUGUCAUACACGGUUCUGUUCGGGAUCUUACAGGGUUGUCAAGGAGGCUUGAGGCCAUUGACUUAUAGCGUAG